GCUCUUUCGUCCUCUCACUUUGAAAAAUAAUAAUUACAAUUAGAAAUAAAAACAGAUUAGGUACGGAUGACGAUGGAAUCUUGCCAUUAAAGCAAAGGAGUAGAUGUCUUAUCCCUUGUGUAAAGAGCAGAGGGACAGAAACAGAGACAGAGAGGAUUAUUGAUUCGAUUGCGAAGCUGCUGCAACCUUCUUCAGUGUUGUGUUGUAUCUACUUCAUCUUUUUCUAUCAACUUCACGCCUCUGGUGCUCCGAAUGCUACUGCAGACCCAGAUGAAGCAGAGAGACAGAGACAGAGAUGAGAGGAUUAUGGAUUCGAGUGUGAAGCUGCUGCAACCUUCUUCAGUGGUCUUCUGUUGUAUCUACUUCAUCUUUUCCUCUCAACUUCACAUUUCCGGUGCUCAAAAUGCUACUACAGAUCCAGAUGAAGUGAGGGCUCUAAACUCGAUAUUCCAGCAAUGGGAUACACAAUCGGUGGCACUGUGGAAUAUAAGUGGAGAGCCAUGCACUGGAACUGCCAUUGACCAAUCAGAUUUUGAAGCUGUUGGCAACAAUCCAGCCAUCAAAUGCGAUUGCACCUACAAUGAUGGUACUACCUGCCACAUCAUUCGAUUGAGAGUGUAUGAUUUGAACAGACAAGGAGUGAUUCCGGAAGAAAUUCUAGUUUUGAAAAAACUAAUUUUUCUGAAAAUUGACAAAAAUUAUUUCACGGGUCCGUUGCCUGCAUUUAUUGGAAAUUUAACUGCAUUAAGGGGUUUGUCAAUUGCUCACAAUGCAUUUUCUGGGACGAUCCCGAAGGAACUUGGAAACUUGAAAGAUCUAACUUUGCUGUCCCUUGGUGUAAACAAUUUCUCUGGGACUCUACCUCCAGAAAUCGGUAACUUAGUCAAACUUGAGCAGAUAUAUAUUAAUAGCUGUGGAUUAAGUGGUGAAAUUCCCUCAACAUUUGCCAACCUCAGAAGGAUGAGAAUCUUGUGGGCAUUUGAUAAUCCUUUCACUGGCAAGAUACCAGACUUCAUUGGGAAUUGGACAGAGCUUACAACAUUGAGAUUACAGGGGAAUUCUUUUGAAGGUCCAAUACCAUCGAGCUUUUCUCAAUUGGUCUCAUUGACCACUUUUAAUAUGAGCACAAAACCAUGCAGAAGACUUGGUGAUUUACAUAAUGUCAGCUCUACUCUUGAUUUUGUGAAGAAUUUGAAGAACUUAACUGACUUGAUUUUGAGGAAUGCAUUGAUCACCGGUACUAUUCCACUUAACAUUGGAGAAUACCAAACCUUAAAAAUAUUGGAUUUAAGCUUCAACAACUUGACAGGAGAAAUUCCAAGCGCUUUGUUCAGUUUGAGUUCCCUUGAGUACUUGUUUCUUGGAAACAAUAGUCUAUCUGGAACCAUUCCGAACCAAAAAAGUGACUCUCUUCAAACUAUAGAUUUGUCUUACAAUCACCUUACGGGAAUUUUUCCUUCAUGGGUAAACCCAAAUAUGCAAUUGAACUUAAUAGCCAACGACUUCGUGUUUGACAACUCAAACAUAAGUGUGAUGCCAGGAUUGAACUGUCUACAGAGAAAUUUUCCUUGCAAUAGGAAUGCUCCACGUUAUGCAAAUUUUUCAAUCAAAUGUGGUGGCCCAGAGAUGCGUUCUGGUGGCAUAUUGUAUGAGGCUGAAAAUUCAUCCAUGGGCCCAGCAUCAUUCCAAGUAAUCACAAGUAAAAAAUGGGCAGUCAGCAUUGUGGGUUUGUUUGCUGAUAGACAGGAUCCAUCAUACAUUGAAGAUACCUUGUCACAAGUGGCCAGCACCAACACUCCAGAACUUUAUCUGACUUCAAGGGUAUCCCCUAGUUCAAUUAGAUACUAUGGCCUAGGUCUUGAAAACGGGCUUUACAACAUAAGCUUAUUAUUUGCGGAAACAGCACUUAAACAUAGAAGCUCUCGAGUUUGGGAGAGCAUUGGAAGGCGUGUUUUUGACAUCUAUAUUCAGGGAAUUCGCCAGGACAAGGACUUUGACAUAUCAGAGGAAGUAGGUGGAGUUGAGAGAGCUAUUACAAAGCAUUUUAUUGCUAAUGUUUCUGGGAACCAUCUUGAAAUUCACUUGUUUUGGGCGGGUAAGGGGACCUGCUGCACACCCGUACAAGGCUAUUAUGGACCAAUCAUUUCAGCACUAAGUGUUGUUUCAGGUUUUAGACCAACUGUUAGUGGAAUACCGCCAGAUAUUCCAAAGAAGAAGAGCAGGCCGGGUUUGAUUAUUGGUAUUUCUGUGUCUGCUGGAAUCAUGAGCUUUGUACUGAUAUUUGUAUUUCUUUACAUCAGGAGAAGACAAAGCAAGUUAGAUGAGGAAGUGCUUUCUGGAAUAGGCCAUAGACCUUAUACAUUUACUUACGCAGAGUUGAGAAUGGCCACAAAAGAUUUUAGUCCCUCAAAUCAACUAGGAGAGGGGGGAUAUGGACCGGUAUACAAGGGUACACUUUCUGAUGGAAGGGAAGUAGCUGUGAAGCAACUCUCCCUAGCAUCUAACCAGGGGAAGAAUGAAUUCAUAGCUGAGAUUGCUAUCAUAUCUGCAGUUCAACAUCGCAAUCUUGUGAAACUGCAUGGAUGCUGCAUUGAAGGAAAUAGACGGCUCUUGGUUUAUGAAUAUCUUGAAAACAAGAGUGUUGAUCAAGCAAUAUUUGGAAAAACUAGCUUGCAUCUCGACUGGCCAACACGCUUUAAUGUAUGCUUAGGAACUGCUAGAGGGCUAGCUUACCUCCAUGAGGAGUCAAGGCCAAGGAUUGUACACAGAGAUGUGAAAGCAAGUAACAUUUUGCUUGAUGCAGAACUUUGCCCCAAGAUAUCUGAUUUUGGAUUAGCAAAGUUGUAUGAUGACAAGAAAAGCCACAUAAGCACUCGAGUCGCAGGAACCAUUGGCUAUUUGGCACCGGAGUAUGCAAUGCGUGGACAUCUAACAGAAAAAGCUGAUGUUUUUAGCUUUGGUGUUCUUGCUUUAGAGAUCCUCAGCGGAAUGCCAAACUGUGAACACAAUUUGGUUGAGAAUAGGAUAUAUCUUCUUGGAUGGGCAUGGACUCUGUAUGAAAAUAACCAAAGUUUGGCAUUGGUGGAUCCAAGUUUGAUGGGUUUUGAUGAAGAUGAAGCUCUUCGAGUUAUAGGAGUCGCUCUCUUAUGUACUCAGGCAUCACCAAUAACGCGGCCAACAAUGUCAAGAGUUGUGGCAAUGCUUGCUGGAGACAUUGAAGUGAGUCCUGUUACAGCAAAGCCAAGCUACUUGAGUGAUUGGGAUCUCAAGGAUAUAAACUCUGAUACUAAAACAUAUACUGAAUCUGAGAUUAGCAGCAACAAGACACAUGAAAGCCAUUAUAACAAGCCAAUCAAUCUUAAUCUAGGGGUUGAUCCAGCACACAGUCCACUAAAUAUCACAGAACCAAGGGUUAGUGACCUCGUUGGGGAGGGAAGGUAAGUGGUGUGUUCACGGCUAGAGAUUAUAGGCUAUAUACCAUACAAUUUUUUUUGGCCAGGAUGCUUCAUAUUGGCCCCCCCCCCCCCCCCCCCCCCCCUUCUUUUUUUUUUUUCCUUUUGUUUAGAAGACCUGUACAUCAGCUUCCCAUCACUUCAUAUAAUUCAUAUUGCCCUUGGCUAAAUAUUGAAGUACAAGGUCUAGUAAAUUAGAAAAAGAAAUGAGGAUUUUUUUUUUUUUUAA